AUGUGUUGGGUUUUGCCUAGGGAAUGGAUCGUGGCCAGGAACAACGAGCUUUUCGACGGUGGCUUCGACGUCCGCGACAUGACCUACCGUCACGGAGGAGAUUUCGCGGGCAUGACGCAGAAGCUCCACUACAUCAAAGGCCUAGGCUGUCGCGGAGUCUGGAUCUCGCCAAUCUUCCAGAACGGCUUCAACAGCUACCACCAGUACGCCCAGCUGGACUUCACAGCACUGGACAAGCGUCUGGGCACUCUGGAGGAGCUGCGCGAGCUGACGACCACGGCGCACGACCUUGGGAUGUACGUCAUCGUGGACGUGGUGAUGAACCACAUGGCCAAUGAGUUCUACUUCGAGGGCCACGAGGAGAGUGAGGCGCCCUGGCGCUUCCACGAGAAUUACAACGCCCGAGAGUAUCAGCUCUUCCCGCGAAAAGCGCAAGAAAUGCUGCAUGACACGCCCAAAGGGAAGCAGCCCUACGUCGACUUCUACUACGACAACAACUGGGAUCCGAACGCAACGUACAACGGCACACUGUACGGCCGCUAUGGCGAAUGGGUCGACGACGACGGCUCGCUGGGCCUAGGGACCUACAUCGACUCGGACUUCCAUCACAACGGCGAUCUGAGCGACUACUUCGAUCCCUGGCAGAUCAACUACGGCAAGAUCUACGGCACCAUGGACGACCUGAGGCUUGAGCACGAGCGGGUGCAGAAGAAGUACAUUGCAAUGACCAAAGCCCUGAUCUCGAGCGCAGACAUCGAUGGCUUCCGCGUGGACACGCCGAUGCAGGCGUUCUUGGUUCGGAACCAGUAUGUAAACUGGGCGGCCCUGAUUUUGCGUCGGAGAAUCAGAUUGCCAGGUGCUCGACUCGUGUGCUUGAUGUGUGUGCGAACAUGCCCCCAGAACCGAUCGAUGAUCUGCGUUCCGGACUUGACCUUGAGAGUCUUUUUGUUGGGCAGCUUGAGAUUGUACACUUUGGUGUAG